AGGGUCGCGCGCAUCCUUACCAAAUGGGGGUGGGAAGUCCUGGAAGCAGGUGAGAAGGGGAGAGCGCAUCGCUUGGCACAAAAGGAAGCGGGGGAGGGAGAGAGAAAGAAAAGCGCUAGAGGUAACUCCCCAGCGCACAAGGCGAUGCUAAGGAGUGAGCGAGAGCCAGGCGUGGAGGAACCCAGACGAGACCCCUCAGCCUGGGCGCACGACGCCACGCCCCCUUCCCCUAUAGGGCCGCGUCUCCCCUGCUUCCAGGACACAGGAGGUGGGAAGCGCAACGGAGCUGCGACGCACGCCCGAGCGGGCGCUUAGGGUCCCCCGGCUGCGCCUGCGCGAUCCCCCUUCUCCUCCCCCUCAGCCGCACAGCCGACCUCCUCCUCCCACCCUCCCCAUCAAGCCCCUUUCCUUCCCUCGCUCGCUAUUUCUCCUCCUGCGAAACAAAUAGAGGAUCCAAGACCUGGUGGACGGAAUACUAGCGGCGUCCUCAGUCCAAAGAACUCGGCUCUCUCUCUCGCGUGCACACGCGCGCGUCAAGAUAAUAUAUAUCCGCACACCCCGAGAUCAUAAUGCAUUGGAUGGAGAGGGUGUCUCCGGGCGGCAGCUUGCGUGGAUCUUGCUACUCCUAGCUCGGAUAGCGGUGCCACGGAGAGGCGGACGAAGGGAGAACGAGCCUUGAACAACUCUGGACGCUCUGGCCUCGAGGGCUGUGAUAAGAAAUGGCUUUGGGGAACAACACACAGCGAAGUUACUCCAUCAUCCCAUGCUUCAUCUUCGUCGAGCUCGUCAUUAUGGCUGGGACUGUCCUGCUUGCCUACUACUUUGAGUGCACAGACACUUUCCAAGUGCACGUCCAAGGCUUCUUUUGCCAAGAUGGAGACCUGAUGAAACCUUAUCCGGGAACGGAGGACGAAAGCUUCAUACCCCCUCUCGUCCUCUACUGUGUGCUGGCCGCGACCCCAACAGCAAUUAUUUUUAUUGGAGAGAUAUCCAUGUACUUCAUCAAGUCAACCAGAGAAAGCCUGAUUGUCCAGGAGAAAACCAUUUUGACAGGAGAAUGCUGUUACCUGAAUCCGUUACUUCGGAGAAUUAUUCGAUUUAUAGGAGUGUUUGCGUUUGGCCUUUUCGCCACCGACAUAUUUGUAAAUGCUGGCCAGGUGGUGACAGGGAACUUGGCCCCCUAUUUCCUGACUGUGUGUAAACCCAACUACACUGGGAGUGACUGCCGGGCUCACCUCCAGUUUGUGAACAAUGGGAAUGUCUGCACCGGUGACCAAGAUGCGAUUGAGAAGGCAAGGAGGUCCUUUCCAUCGAAACAUGCUGCUUUAAGCAUUUAUUCAGCCUUAUAUGCUACAAUGUACAUCACGAGCACAAUUAAGACGAAAAGCAGUCGACUUGCCAAGCCCGUCUUGUGCCUGGGGACUCUAUGUGCUGCCUUCCUUACUGGGCUCAACCGAGUUUCUGAGUAUCGAAACCACUGUUCGGACGUCAUUGCAGGCUUCAUCUUGGGAAGUGCAGUCGCUCUUUUCCUGGGAAUAUGCGUGGUUCAUAAUUUCAAAGGAACACAUGGAGCUCCUUCUAAAUCAAAGCCCGAAGAGCAACGAGGAAUGCCCCUGAUGGCGUUUCCCAGAGUGGAAAGUCCUUUGGAGACAUUGAGUGCACAGAAUCAUUCUGCCUCUAUGACUGAAGUAACCUGAUCUGAAAGAUGGCAAAAGAAGCUAUUUUUUAUCGCCCUCCGGUACACAGUACUCCCACAACGACACACAGUUAUACUAAUUGUCAAAACUGUGAUGACCAGUAUUAUGUUAUGUCUAGUUAGAAGCUAAUGUUUUGUACAUUUUUGUAUGAGGAAGUGAUGUAGAUCACCCUGGAAUCCCCCCUCCUUCCACUUUUUUGGUCAGCUUUAAUAUAUUUAUGCCAGAAUUUAAGACAAAAGGGAGGAGAGGGGAACAAAAAUUAAAACAAAAAAAAGCGAGAGACCUUUUCUUGUUUUAAAAUGUGUUCUGAGGCACUACAUCUUUGGGAAUUGUUGAUGUUUUGUGAUAUUUGUACACAGACCUUUUUCGGUUUUGUUUUAUAUACAAUAAAUUAAAUGAGAAUUAUAAUACUAA